UGCUAUUCUACAAUUCUACCUAGUGGCGUCUAUAUAUACCCGAUUCCUAUCUUGUGCUGCUUCAUCAAACAAAUCUUACAUACGUUUCACAAACAACAUAACUUGCUUUGUUUUAAACAUAUUUUAAGAGUAAAAAUCUUCAAGAUACGAUGAGUUCAACAUCGAGAGCAUGGUUGGUGGCCGGUAGUACUGUUGGACUAGUGGAGGCACUAAAAGAUCAAGGGUUCGCACGGUGGAACUACACCAUCAGAGCCCUCCACCAGCACACUAAGUCCAAUCUGCGGUCUGUCACCCAAACAAAGAAGUUGUCUUCGCCGGCUGCCAUGGCUUCAAGCAAAGGCAUUGACCAAUCAGAAGACUCGUUAAGAAAAGUCAUGUACUUGAGUUGUUGGGGUCCCAAUUGAUCAUUAUUUUUUCGUUUGUUUUAGGUUAGCUAUGUUAGUAAUAGUAAAAACUAUAUCCGAUGUACAUGUAAUUAUGCAUGAUGUACGACUUUUUUAUUAAUCAAAAAGAAUUUUGAUUAUUGUUAUUAAAAA